UUUCAGCGAAUUUCAUCCUGUCAGACGGUGUAAGCCGGUGUAAAAUAUGUGCGAAACUUGAAUUAUAUUUCGGGUAGACCAACAUUUAUCGUUUUGUUUGUAUAUUGGCAAAGCCAUUUUAUUGGGUUUAAAGAUUGCUGUACAAAUGUCAUUGUCGGUCCGAGAGUAUUUGACUGUUCCGUCUUUUUGUGCUUUCUCGUGAGUUUAGAGGGGACAGUCAGGAAAACAAACAGAUCGAACGAAGAAAGAUCGAUAGCCGGUCGGUUGAAGAGGUUAUUUGGCGGGGAAUGACUCGCUUUCAUGCAUUCCUUAAUCGGUGCUUGUUGCUUUUCCUACACAUAUUCGUGCUUUCUAAUAUCAUUCGUUUUGAACCGUGGUAGCAACAGAGUAUAGUCUAUCCGCUUCGCUGUUGUGUUUUAAUGUCCGUGUUUACAGUUUCAAUUUUUUAGCUAAUUCGACGUCCAUCGAUAGAUAUUUACCGCUUCAGAUUCGGUGUUAAACAUUUAUCGCUAUGCAUACGAGGCGUUUGGUAAAGCGUUCGGUCCUGGGGAGCCGAGUGUAUACGCCGAGUCCGACAGGGGAUGGGGCUCCGUUGACAGGAGUGGUACAGGCUGUCAAGCAGCAGGAAAACAGAGACGUUUUAACCGGACCCCGGCGUAACGUCUACAUGGUGUUAAUGCAAGACGGAAGCCUGAAAGAAUUCUCCGAGGACGAGAUAGCCGUGGGCUUCAACCAAACGACGGCGAAAGGACCGCUCAGAUCGAGCUUGAAGCAGAGCUCCUGGAACGGCCGAGGGAACGGGGCUCCUCUGCAGAGCCAGACCAUGGAGGCCCAGAAGGGGGAGGCCAACUCCCUGAGCCCAGAGGCGUUGAAGGGGGAGCGGGGAGCAGACGGAAGGAGGACGGUGCGCCCCCUUGAGGGUCCAGAGAGGGACCACACCCGCUCUGUUUCCCUGCUGGAGCAGAAACGCAAGGUGGUGUCAUCCAGCAUUGAUGUGCCCCACGUCAGGAAGUCAGAGGAGGAAGUGGACAUGGAGAAGGUGACAGCUGCCAUGGUUCUGACCAGCCUGUCCAGCAGUCCGCUGGUCAGGAGCCCUCCCGUCAAAGUCAGUGAGUGUCUGAAUAGCUCGUGGAAGGACAGCGGUGGAGGCUUCACCCCGUCCAGUUACAGCAGUAGUGGCUAUUGGAGCUGGAGUGGCCCUAGUGACCAGUCCAACCCGUCCACCCCCUCCCCACCGCUCUCCGCAGACAGCUUCAAGCCUUUCCGUAUGCCCAGCAUCAACGGCCCGCCCCCCGACGACGCCAUCGACGAACAGGAUGGCAGCAGCCUGCUCUUCGACGAGCCAAUCCCACGCAAGCGCAAGAACUCCAUGAAGGUGAUGUUCAAGUGUCUGUGGAAGAACUGUGGGAAGGUUCUGAGCUCUGCUGCUGGGAUACAGAGACACAUCCGGACCGUUCACCUGGGGCGGAACUGUGACUCUGACUGCAGUGACGGAGAGGAGGAUUUCUACUACUCAGAGAUCAAACUCAACACAGACUCAGUGGCUGACGGUCUGAGCAGCCUGUCCCCCAUCUCCCCCUCCGUGCUCUCCCCCGUCCCUCCCUCCAAUGACCGCCACAGACGACCCCCCGCAGAGGGCAGCAACGGGUCCAGUGGGAACAAGGAGAACCACAGCCACGCCCACUCAAACACCACGCCCCUCAGUCGCUCCGCCCCCAGUGCCCUCUACCUCAUCCACACUGACCACGCCUACCAGGCCACAUCUCCAGUCACCAUCCCCUCCACUGGGUCAGGCCCAGGCUCUGCUGCCUCCACCUCCUUCACCCCCAGCAGCAGCUCCAACUUCAGCAUCUCUUGGCAGUCACCUCCUGUCACCUUCACUGGCACCGCUGUCUCUCCCACUCACAGUCGGACUCAGAGCUUUGGGGAGCAGCGGCCCCCCACCAUAGCAGUCCUCUCCUCCCCUCCCAGAGCCACUGGCUCACUCAGCCGUAAGUCCCGUGGCGAGGGUAAGAAGUGUCGUAAAGUGUACGGGAUGGAGAACAGGGACAUGUGGUGCACCGCCUGCCGAUGGAAGAAAGCCUGCCAGAGAUUUACUGACUGAUUUACUGACUGAACCAACCAAGUAACCGACCAACCGCUGAGGGUUGCUGCCUGCCCUUCGCCAUGGAAAUCAGGGCUGUUCCUUUCUGUUCCCUUCCUAUGCAUGCGUUAACGUCACUCCAAAACCAAUUAUCGGUCUACUCCAUUCCAAACCGACCCCUCCCUAACCCGACCGCCUAUCAGAACCAACAGGGUGGAGCCUACUAGUGUCCUGAGUAAAUCCCAAGUUAACUGUAGCUCCCUCCCACUUCCAACCUCGGAAACAACAACCAACACGCAGCUCCAGCUCUAAAGAUGACAACAACAACACCAAAAGAACUCUGCUUUUUAUAUGUUGAGUUUGUUGUCUCUCUUCUUUCUAUGUUUUGAAAAAGCAGCUCAGAUUUAUUUUUAAAGGAACGUUCGUCAGGUCAGAAGGGACCAGAAAAGAGGCUCCCUUUGUCCAUGAACAACUUCUUAUUUUUUCAGAGAAGACCGGCCAUUUUGUUUUAUCUUUGGGAGAAUGAAAAGAGAGGAGAGGAAAUAUCCUUCUUUCCUCACUCCCUUUCUCUCUGUUCUAUCCUGUACAGUCUGGAUCUCCACUCCCUCUCUCCCCUGUCCUCACCCCAGAGAAUGGAUCUUGUGUCUGGACUCGGGAGGGGUCGAUAGCACCCCCUGCUGGGGGAAAAUGGAUCAAUUCCAAAACAAAUACAAAUACCCAGUCAGCGUGCUGAACAGACUAACAUUGCCAGCAGCAACAAGCCCCACACCACAACAAGCAAUUCAACACACAGCAACACAGGACAACACAGUUUUCUGUCUCAAAUGUAAUGUAUAUCUAUCUAUCCCUCCAUCUAUCCUUCCUAUCUAUCUUUAUCUGUCUAUCCCUCCAUCUAUCCUUCCUAUCUAUCUUUAUCUAUAUAUCCUUCCUAUCUAUCUUUAUCUA